UACAGUUCACAACAGCUCCUGUCUCACAGACUGUAUCUACAGUGACUUCAGCCUGAAGAACUGCACGAAGGAAGUACAGAAUAAUUGCACCAAUGCAACAGAGAUAGUUUGUGGGCACCAGGCCAUUCGAUUGGCCGGCAGCUUGGACCCCUGCGAGGGGCGGGUGGAGCUGUGGCAGGACGGGAGGUGGGGCACGGUGUGCGAUGAUGAGUGGGACCUGCAAGAUGCAGACGUGGUCUGUGCUCAGGUUGGCUGUGGCUCCGCCCGCCGUGUGAUGGGACAGGGCGGGGCCUUUGGAAAGGGGAGUGGCCCCAUCUUCCUCGAUGAUGUGAAUUGCACUGGCACGGAGAGGAACCUGUGGGACUGCCCUGCCAUGAAAAACAGCUCGGACUGCGGACACAAGGAGGAUGCAGGGGUCAUAUGUUCAGGCGCACGUAGACAAGAAGAAACAACUGUCAUAGCUGUGACCUCAGGGCCAAUGAGCACCGCUGUCAGGGUCGAAGUUGUCCCCUCUGUCCUGUCCCCGGAGGGGGUGGGGUGCAUCCUUCUGUCCUUGCUCCUCCUGACAGUGCUGAUCACAAACGCCCUGUUCUGCUGGCAUUUCAAGAAAAGAAGGAGUUGCUUCUCCGUAAAUCUGGAGCAGAGUAAGGAAGAACUGGCAACACCUGCAGAACAAGGCAACGACUACCGGGAUAAAGAUAAUGCCCCCAAGGUCCCCACCGACACCGUGGGAAACAACGCCCCAAGUAACCCCAGACAACUGUGCGCCCAGUUGAGCACUGACGAUGACUCGGACUACGAACACUACAACUUUGGCCUGGAGCCUGCUGCUGCCAUGGCCACCUUUCAGAAUUCCCUCCGGACCAGAGGAGAGAACAGUAGCCCCAUGCUGAAGCCUUCAGCCCUGUCCUGUCUUCCUGAAGAAGGCAACGCUCCAGUUGACAUGGCAGCUUUGCCUGGCUCUCCUGAGAAUGCGGGCAGCUUCAGAACGCUUCCUGGGGCAAACUUCGUCAAUGGCUUCUGUGAGCGAGGCAACACUGCACCCCAAGCUACAGACUCGGUCGAGACUUCCAGCACAUCUUCCGGAGAAUUCUAUGAAAACACAGGAACGGACAUAGAGCUGCAAAUGCAAGGUGUUGCGCUUCCUCCAGAAGAGGCAGGAAAAGAUGAGACCGUCCAGCUGCAGACAGUACACUGUGAGCCCCCCCACAAAAGCUACCUCCCACCAGAUCCUCAAGAUCAGGAAGACUCGUUUGACUCCUCCAGCACAUCCUCCGGAGAAUGCUACGAAAACACAGGAAAAGAGGUGGAGCUGCAGAUGCAAGGUGAAGCACCUCCUGUGGAGAUGACGGGAGCAGAUGACUGUGACCAGCCACAGACUGAACACUGUGGCAACCCCUAUCGCAGCUAUCUACCACCAGCCUCUCACAACCAGGGGGACUCGUCCAGCACGUCGUCGGGAGAGUGGUACGCCAGCCCGCCGGCCGAGCACGAGCCCCUCUACUCGGCUCCCAAGGAGGACUCUGGCCAGUCGUCUUCAGACAGCGACUACGACGACGUCGCAAACUACAUACAGUGAGGAGAACGGA